AUGGCGUCCGGCGCCAGGACACCUCCGAUUGGUCAGCUGGAAAACAGGCGGAAGGCCCCGCGGUGUUUGCGGCGCUCAGUUACCGUUAGCAGCUCCACUCCGCCGGCAUCAGCGAUGAGUUGCCCGGUGGACCUCCAGGCUCUGCCGGCCGGACUGUUGGAGACCGCGAGAGGAAGGUGAGUCCCCGUGAGCUCACCUGUCCAGGUGAGAGGACAAGUCUCCACGAGGUCUCUCAGUCCGCUCAGUGUCCCCAAAACCACAUCACACCUGUGGGACGCCACACCUGCAGGAGACAAGCUCCGCCUCCAGCUCUGUGCUGACAGGAAGCCUCGUGUGGUGCUCUCAGAGAAGGCUCUGCGUCUCGCGCAGCGUCACGCUCGUUGCAGCAACAAGCCCCGCCUCCUGUGUUUCCUGCUGGGAGCAGUGUGUGUGGACGCAGAUGAGGAGGGGGUCACCGUGACUCUGGACCGCUUUGAUCCGGGUCGGGACGCGGCCGGAGCCGAGGACAGGGUCCCCUCCGCUCUACUGCCCGGAGACGUCCUUGUCCCCUGUCUGAUCUCCACGGAGACCGAGAACACGGCUGACACCGUCGUCCAAUCAGAGGCUGAGCUGCAUCACUGCUUCAAGGUGUUGCAGCACAGUGUGAGCAGCAGACAGACUCUGGAUCUGUCCCAGCUGAUGAAGGUCAGAGGUCAUGUGACUGUCUCUCAGCAGUGUGACGCCACAGCGUUCGUCCUCAGGUGGUCGGCCGUCUGUCCGUCCGUCAGCGUGGACGUCCAUCCUGUACGAGCGGUUCCCAUCGUCCCCACCGCCCUGCUGAGGAGUCUGACCAGCAUUAACCGACCGUCGCCGCACGCCGCCAAGCGACAGAGAGGGUUUCUGACGAUGGAUCAGAGCAGGAAGCUGCUGCUGCUGCUGGAGGCGGACCCUAAAGCGUCCACGCUGCCGCUGGUCGGCCUCUGGCUGGGUGGAGUCACGCAGGUGUCCAGCCCUCAGGUGUGGGCGUGGUGUCUGAGGUUCCUGUUCAGCUCGGCCCUGCGGCACAGACUUCUGUCAGAGAGCCGCUGCUUCCUGCUGCUCCUGUUCAGCUCCGCCCACAGAGCGCCGCAGUUCUUCCAGUGCCGCGGUCCGGGACCUGGACCUGGACCUGGACCUCAGCCUCAGCUAGAUUACCAGCUGCUGACGGCCUCUCACAGCGUCACUCUGUACCAGCAGGUGGUGUCGGUGGAGGGACGGACUCUACAGUGUGAUCUGGACUCAGAGCGUCCCGAGAGACAGACGGAGGUCUUCAGAGCCGCUGUGAGCUCCUUCAACAGAUGUGUCCCUCCCGCUGCCACUCUGUCUGUCAGCGAUCAGGACUCCGGAGUCGAGGACGAGGACCCGUCCCCACGUCCGUCCCCGAGUCCACACCCCCCUGUUCAGCAGACUCGCAGAAUUCAGCCGUCUGUCCCUGAACUCUCGCUGCUGAUUGAUAGCAGCUUCUCCUCCAAUCACAACGCCUCCACCCACAGACCUCCUCCUCCUGCUGACAGGAGGUCUGCUCCUCCGGCCGGAAACACCUCCUCCUCCUCCUCCUCCUCCUCCUCCUCCUCCUCAUCUCCCAGACCUGCUGCUCCUCCUCACCUCCACAGCACCCCCAACUCCAACCUGCAGCAGCCCUGCUCCUGCUGCUCCCCCAACUCCUACGACUGCACCUCCAUCUUCCCCUCCUCCCCGGGGCUCCUCCCUGCUGCUGCUCCUCCAUGUCAUCACCACAACACUCCUCCUGCUCCAUCACUUCUCCACCCUGCUCCUCCUCCUCCUGCUCCAUCAAUUCUCCACCCUGCUCCUCCUCUUCCUGCUCCAUCAAUUCUCCACCCUGCUCCUCCUCUUCCUGCUCCAUCAAUUCUCCACCCUGCUCCUCCUCCUGCUCCAUCCUCUCAUCACCUCACCUCUGCUGCUUCCAGCAAGCAUCUAACUUUUCCUUCUGUUCCUCCUUCAUCCACUCUUGGGACUCCUCUCUCCUCCCGUCACCAUACUCCACCUCCCACCUCCUCUCCUGCUCCCUCGACUCUUCUCUCUGCUCCUCCUCAUUAUCACAGCACUCCUCCUGCUCCCUCCACUCUCCACCCUGCUCCUCAUCCUCCUGCUGACUCCCCCUCUCCUGCGUCUCCCCCUUGGUUCUCCCGUCCCUCUUGUGUGAGUCGGUGCUGUGAGGAGGUGGGAGGAGUCGUCCCGUCUGACACCUACCAGCUGCUCCUCCAUCAGGACCGCCAGCUCCGCCUCCUGCAGGCGCAGGUCCAGCUGUUGUUGGAGGCUCAGAGGAAACUUCAGUCCUCUGCUCAGCAGCUCGAUGCUUCCACACCCAAAUGCACCACCAGCAUCGCCGUGGGGACAGGUGCCAGUCUGUUCUGGGGGGAUCCCGUCCAGGUCCCCCUCCCCCAUCAGGAGGUGCAGGCUCCUCCCCCCUCCUCCCCGAGCCCCUCCUCCUGCUGCAGACCCCCCUCGCACGCCAACCUGUCCAUCAGCGGGCCUGCGAGCGGAGCUGAGGACAGUGACAUCAGAGGGCAGGAGGCUGCCUGCUUUCCGGCUCAGCGCAGUAUCAGCGGUCUGCAGAGUCCAGUUCUGGGAGAGAGCGUCAGCAUGUAUACAGCUACAGACAACCAGCACGACUUCUACCACAGCCUCAUGAAUCAGCUGACCAGUCGUCUCCAGGAGUCAGACAGUAAACAGAAAGUGGAGGAGGAGUCUAGGAGGAGGAGCCUGCCUGUGGUUUCUGACCGCUCCCCGUCCAGGAGGAGGUGGAGCCGUGGAGGAGACUCAGUGGUCAGUGCGACUGUGAGGCAGCUGCAGCAGCUAGGAGUCAACGUGGAGCCAGAAGACAUGAUCGAGUCUGACAGACAAGUCCAGCGGACCAUAGAGAGCAGCAGCACUCUGGCGAGCAUCAACCCAGCGGCGGUCCUGUCCAGACUGAGCGUGUGCGACCAGACAGCGAGCUCUGUGCUCCCGAGCGGCAGCGUGGAUCUGAGUUUGGAGGCCAACGCCAUCGCCCUGCGCUACCUGAGUGAUGCUCAGCUCAGCAGGCUGUCUAUGGGAGGCCACACCCCCCAUACAAGCCCCGCCCCCUCUGACCACUCCGUGCUGUCGCCUAGCAACAUGUCUCUAGCCUCCAGGAAGUACAUGAGGAGGUACGGCCUGAUUCAGGAGGAGGAGGAGGAGGAGGAGGCUCGCCAGCCGCUCAGCAAAGCUCUGAGCAUGAAGCUCCUUCCACAGAGUCAGCUGAUCUGUGACCUGAGGCCCAAAAUGCAGCUGUUAGCUGGCAGCGAACCAGCCGCCGCCCCUGACAAGGAGAACUGUCCCAGCAGGCGGCCAUCUUUAGUGAGGGCGAGCAGCCUGCAGACGGAGGGAUCAGUGGGGAACAUCCUGGACCUGAGCCGCCUCCGACAGCUGCCCAAACUCUUCUGACCACCACGUGCUCCCCGAAACCUGCAGUCUGCCAGUCUGAACCGGACCUCACACCUCAGACCUGCAGUCUGCCGGUCUGAACCGGACCUCACACCUCAGACCUGCAGUCUGCCGGUCUGAACCGGACCUCACACCUCAGACCUGCAGGUUUUUAAAGGAGUCUGGUGUGAGGGCGCUCAGUGUGGAAACCCUGCAGGUCUCUUUGGAAACGUCCUGGACUUUAUUGUUUGCGGUGAGACGUGAUUUCCUGUAGUCUCGCGGGGAAGUCCUCUCCUCUGAAUUCGUGCUGAUCGCACCGACACGUCUGAACAGGAUACGAGAGAGAAACUCGGGUCUCAUUUUACAGGACGGACGCCGCCGAGCCGCCGUCCCCUGUGAGACGGCGUCCGUGUUGAUGUGUGUAGUUUGGCGGUGGUUGUCAUGGCAAUCGGGAGGGCGUGUGCAGCAGACGCAGUGAAUCUUGUAAUGGGCCUGGAAAGGUCUUGGAAAAGUUUGGAGCGGCUGCUCAUGUCUGAUUUGUCUGCAGGUCUCAGGCUGCUGCUUUAACUGUUUUCACUCAUUUUAUUCAAGUCUGCGUGUUUCAUCUUUUCUGUCGACACUUCCUGUUUUAAUGUGAAAAG